AUGUUGGCUGUUUUUGACAAGAAGGUGGCAAAGAGCCCUCAAGAAUUGCAGAGCCCACAAAAUGAAUCCGUAUAUGCACUCAAAGAUGGAUUUUUGGGAACCCAUUUUUCAUCCCUGCACCCUUCUUCUUCAUCUGUUGUACUCAAUCUUGCUUCUUCUGGCCUCAUGGCUUAUUCUUCUGAUAGGCAAAAUCCGCUUCUUCCAAGAUUGUUUGCAGUUGUAGAUGACAUAUUCUGUUUGUUCGAAGGCCACAUUGAGAAUGUUGCACAUCUCAAACAGCAAUACGGGUUGAACAAGACUGCAAAUGAAGUGAUCAUUGUUAUUGAGGCUUACAGGACCUUAAGGGAUAGAGGCCCUUACCCUGCUAAUCAAGUGGUCAGAGAUAUUGAAGGAAAAUUUAUAUUCAUUAUCUACGACAACUCUUCAAAAACCACGUUUGUAGCUACCGAUGCCGAUGGGAGUGUACCCUUCUUCUGGGGAACUGAUUCUGAAGGUCACCUUGUUCUCUCGAAUGACUUGGAAGCUGUGAAGAAAGGCUGCGGCAAAUCUUUUGCUCCAUUUCCCAAAGGAUGCUUUUUCACCUCUUCCGGAGGUCUUCGUAGUUAUGAGCAUCCCGUGAGUGAGUUGAAAGCAGUGCCAAGAGUGGACAGUUCGGGUGAGCUAUGUGGGGCAACCUUUAAGGUAGACACAGAGUCUCGUAAAGAAAAGACUAGCAUGCCUAGAGUUGGAAGUGAUGCAAACUGGUCUCAACACUACUGA